AGCAACACAGCAUCAGAUCAUGAUUGUAAAAGCUUGGUUAAAAGAUGACUGCCGGCGGUUUAGUAUCGAGCGAUCACAGGUUACAUAUCAGACUAUUCGACGCAAGAUAUUCAAUCUAUACCAACUACCGCAGUAUGAAGAUUCGUUUUGUCUGCAGUAUCGUGAUGCGGAUGGAGACGUGAUUACGGUUGCAUCAAAUGAGGAUGUCGAGGAGAUUCUACGAAAUGAUGCUAAAGACGACUCGUCCGUUCUUAAAGUCCGGGUACAUCUGUCGACUUCAACCGGUAGCUCUGACACAGGGUUGGAGGAAGUCACGGGCGCCAUGGGCGGGAUGGCUGUUUCCGCACCUGAGCUGGACUCAGGACUGGCAGCAAGCGCGGGUGUCGACAUUCUCCCGCGUGCGGAGCGAUUCGAAGGAAACUUUACGGAUAGGGAGGUCCUUGAAAUUUUGAGAGAUAUAUCAUUGUACAUUUCAUGUAGAGGCACUGACAAGGCGCCGGUCCGCCAAUGGGUGUCGUCCGAAAAGAAUCUCAUAACACCAGGAUCCACCCCGUCUCCACAUCUGCGUAACGCUGAGCGAUACACUCGGGUACAUCAGGCCUCCACGACAUCCCACGUACACGACGAAUCCAAAGACAGCAGCCAGACCUCGUUACCUGUUCCUGUGUCUGCCGCAGGUAAUGCCAUGCAUCGGCGGGAAGCAGCAACAUCUGUUGACGAUAUUGGUAAUGCGAACACCAGUCAACAAUAGGCCUUGUCAGAUAUUUAAUUCUUCCGGAUACAUAUCUGGAAUUGUAUCGAUAACCUUAAGAAUACAUGCUGCUUUUGCCAAACACCCAG